AUGGCUUCCUCGGACUUGGAGGAAGGAGUUCACGAAAUCCCGUCAGCAGAGACCGCAUAUACCGAUGCUCCACACACAGUCAAAAGAUCCGGAGAGGAAGACAAAUGUGCCGAAAAAGAUGCCCAUUCUCUGUUCUCGGGAUCGGCCCAUUCGGCCAUGGAGGUGAAGGGUACGGAGAUUGAGAUUCCAUAUGCAGAACAUGAAAUCUUGCCGAUAGCGGUGCCGAGGCUGAAGCGCAGAGGGCUUUUCGGGCAACUUACCCUGCUGGCAGAGGUUGAGAACCCGAAGACGUAUCUCCGAAAGACGAAAUGGUUUAUCACAUUCAUCGUUGCGCUGGCAGGAUCUACGGCUCCCAUGGGUAGCUCGAUACUAUUCCCCUCUCUCUCUCAAAUAUCCAAGGAAAUGGGCGCAACAACCACUGUCGUCAACCUGAAUAUCUCGCUGUACAUGCUGACGAUGCUAAUCGUCAUGCGCAUGUUGAGCGGUGGAGCAUCUGCAUCUGUUCAAGCUGUUGGCGCAGGGACGAUAGCAGAUCUGUGGGAUCCGCAUGAAAGGGGACGCGCAAUGAGCAUUUUCUAUCUGGGCCCACUAUGCGGUCCUUUGCUCGCUCCGAUCGUGGGGGGUGCUCUGGCAGAGCGUUGGCGAUGGAGGAGCACGAUGUGGUUCUUGGCCGUCUAUGGCGGAGUCAUCGUUAUAUUCAUCUUUUUGGCACUUCCUGAAACACUGGCCAAUCGAAAGGAACGUGAUGAGGAUGAACAAGCACCUGUCGAACGACAACUCAGCCGGAUAUCUUCACGCCAGGUCGUUCACCUCACUGCCAGAUGGUUGAGGGUCCUCAAGAUGAUUUUGCUCGACCCUCUUAAGAUCGUUCUUUACUUGCGCUAUCCCCCAGUGUUGUUGACUGUAUACUACGCGAGUAUUACCUUUGGCUCCCUGUACGUGCUGAAUGUCAGCGUUGAACAUACGUUUGGCACGAGCCCCUACAACUUUAGCACCGUUAUUGUUGGAUGCCUCUAUAUCCCGAACUCGGUGGGUUACAUCGUUGCCAGUACUUUCUGCGGCCGAUGGUUGGAUAAAAUCAUGCAGCGUGAGGCUAGGAAGGCCGGCAGAUAUGAUGAGCACGGCAAAUUGAUCUAUCGCCCAGAGGAUCGCAUGCGUGAGAAUGCCUGGCUGGGCGCAUUUCUGUAUCCUGCAGCAUUGAUCUGGUACGGCUGGACUGCUGACAAGGGGGUCUUCUGGUUCGCACCGAUGGCUGCCAAUUUCUUUUUCGGUGUCGGAUCAAUGCUGAUCUUCAGCAUGGCAACGACGAUGUUGACGGAAUUCAUGCCUAAGAAAUCAUCAGCAGGUGUCGCAUUGAACAACUUCAUGAGAAAUAUAUUCUCAUGCAUCGGAUCGCUAGUGACAGCCCCCGUUAUUGAUGCCAUAGGUAACGGAUGGCUCUUUACGAUCCUUGGGCUGGUCGCUUUCGCCAGCAGCUCGGUGAUUCUCGCCAUGAGAGUAUUUGGACCUCGUUGGAGGAAGUCAAUGGAUGCUUUGAGCCACUAG